AUGGAUAGAAAAUCUGCUAGAAUAAAAGCAGAGUUGCAAAGAUAUGGUUGGAGAGUUUCGAAGAAUUUUAAAUAUAGGAAGGGAAGACCCAUAAAAGUCUAUGACAAACUGGCUGGUCUUCGCUACGAAAUGGAUUUGGAAACAGCACGUGCAAAUUAUCCAAACAGACUAGAGAGGUUAGAAGAAGAACGUCUUAUGGACAUGCCUUUCGAUGUUAGUGAACCUCAAGUUGAAGGACACGACGGCUUUGCCAGAUUCUACUGGAAACAUGACGAACAAUUGCAUCCUUUGAGAAGGAAAAAAGGUAGUGCAGAGGAUGGUCAUGCUCCCAUGGAAAGAACAAGAUAUGCAUAUGAAAAGUAUCGUGAAGUUAGAAGUCAAAUUACAUCUGGUCGAACCUUUACAGUAAACUUUGACGAAGGAAAGAACAAAGAAGGCUUCAUGGGUGUACUUGCUGCAAUUCAAGACGGAAAUAAGAAAGGACACAAUCUCAGAUUGACCAUAACGGAUUUGGAUGGUCACAUUUACUAUGCAAAUGGCAAUGAACAAACAGCUGCAAAACUUCUUGACGCUUUCAAGACUACAAAGAGAGAACAAAUGGUUGACUCCGACUCAGACAUUUUGAAUGCAAUUGAAGGAAUUGCAAGUGUCAAGUUCGAAUGGUACCAACCUAACCCUCAAGCAGUCAGACAACAUGCUGGAUACUUCCCGUUCAUAAAUAAGUCUGACAUUGACUUGACAAGGUAUGGAAUUUACAAUUCAAUUGAAACAAUUGUCAAUGAACCUUGUAUUCUUACAUGUCUCAGGAACUCUGGUCUUGUUACAGAUGAGAAGAUGAAG